AUGGAUGAACAGGAGGCCGCUGCUGCUAAAGAGCAAAUUCUGACGGUCGAAGAUGGCGAUUCGACCGGUCGAUCGAGGAGGAAAUCACCGAUUGAUCAAGAAAUUCGAUUCGCUUUGGAUAAUCAGAGCGACAAAACAAGUGUUUAUGAGAUGCUGGGGGACGACGAGGAGAUCAUCGUGUUCACACCCAAGUAAGUUACUGUCUGUUUGAUCGUUUGGUAUAAAAACUAUUCCUGUUUGAAUUUUGGGAGGUUCAGAAUGUCAAGUAUAGAGAUCUAUCGACUUUGAUGCAAAGAUUUUUCGUAUCCAUGUCAUAAUCCAUAAUCUUUGUAUCCAAACAAAUCCAACAGAAGAUUUAUUUUUUAGGACCAACACAACGCACAAAAAUAUUUUAUUUCCGCAUUACGCGACCCAAAACUUGAAAAAACUUGCAAAAAUUUUGGUGUUCUCGUAAAAGAAUCUUCAAUUCAUCAAUUGUGAUGACAUAAUUUCUCCCUAAAGUAAAAUAAUAUCCUAGGAUCGGGAUGUUCGGCGCUCCCCAAUGCCGUUGCACGACCUCAGUGAUCGCACUGCUGGCCAUAAUCUUCGGCAUGACCUUCAGUACCAGCGGUCUUUGUGUCCUUGUUUUCUUCGUCGAGACCGAGCCCACACUCUUGCCCUUAGGGCUUACGUUGGCCGGUCUGGGAGUGGUCAUGUUUACGAUCGGUUCUCUGAUGUGGUGCAGUGAAUUUAUGUGCAAUAAUUGUCUGAAAACAGCUUAUACCAAGAUUAAAGAGGCACCGUUGAAGAAUGCCAUCGAACGAAGAAGCAGAAUGGCCUCGAGGUAAAUAAAUUAUAUUGCAGUGGGCAAAAGAUAAUUUCAGAUCGACUCAACGGACUGGCUCAAGACUCUCCAAUUCGACCAAGAUCAGUCUCAGUUCGGGGGUUUCCAUCAAAACGACCUCGACUCGAUAUUAA